UUCUUUUGAUAUGUGACCACGAUUUCCAUGUGAAUAACAGGUUACCGACCGCAUAUCCGCUUUCAUUAGAUUGUCCACUUGUGGUUUAGUGUCGAACUUUUUGGUUUCUUCGAAGCUACGUAGUUUACUUUUGAAUUGUGUGAAUGUUAAAUCCUCAUUGGUUGGUGGUGUGUAGAUGGUAAAAGGCUUGCAUGACUCUGGCAGUCUCUUCAGAAUCAUAGCUGUAUUGAAUCCAUAACUGUUUCCUUUGCAUUUCUUAUGGAAGUUACAGAUUUUUCAGCUCGAAUUACAUCGUCUGUAAUUUUUUCUUCUGGCUCUUUCUUUAAGGAUGUCAGUUCAGUACGCAUGGCAGUUUUAAAAAAAAUUGUUUUACUCUGGCUGGCGUAAUGGCCCAGAGAAUUUCCAACGCCUUUUUGCCGUCAUCUGCUGCUUCCCUCAUUACCAAUGCAAGGCUUGUGUCGUCAAGGAACUGAAUUAGCUCCGCAUAGCAUUCGGCGUUCUUUUCCGGGUCUGGUGCAGCGGCGGAGAGUAUUUUGUCUUUUAAUCCAAGGAGUCUCAAGUGCCUGAGGAAUUUUACCUCCCACAGUUCGUACUUAUUUUCGUUUCCGUCGAACACCAACCUCUGCCCUCUUCCUGCUCCUGUGUCACACCUGGGGCCAUAACCUGUUGCGCUUUGUACUUUGUUGGCCAUCUUUUGUCUGUGGAGUGAUUAACCUCUUAAUUCACCCAAUAAAGGACAACGGAUAUAUCAGGGUAGCGCAAGUUUGAACUCCAAGAGAAGUGUUACCUCAACAGCUCGAUUAGAGAAAUAAAUACGACCCCAACCGUGGAUUGCUUUUCUUCUAAGGCUUUAUGAACAAGAGCACUCGGGUACAAAAUGAUGUGACCCAGCCAGGAGCUGUGAUCACCCAGAAAGUACAAAGAAGUACAAUAGAGGCUGGACAUUUAUACUGUUGAAAGGGCGGUGCCGAAGCCCACCGUGAAACGAAACUUACUAAGAUUGUAGAAACGAAACUCAUCAUCUCAUAAACCUGGGUAUUUUCCCAUACAAAAACAUCUUUGAGCUGAGACCUUGAACACCGGCUGUGGCUAGAACGAAGUCUGAUAAGCCACAGUUGCCACAUUGUAUUCAUUCAGGGCAUAUUGGAAAACAGGAACAUAACAGUCCAUAUUUGGGCAUAUUGUGAAGGCUAUGGGGAGGCACACUCAACAGAUUAAUGCUACAAUGUUCUAAUGCAAGCAUAACAAAAGCAUACAAAAUAUGAUGUUUAAUGGUUGUGUUUCUCGCACAGGAUAAAGAUGGCUUUUAAAUCUGGAGCUUUAUUGCUUCAUCACAGCAGCUCAAUAACUUUGGGACUCAUCACAUGUCUCAAUCUUAUGCAAUAAAUCAAAGUACAUCAAAACUUCAAAGAGUAUAGAGAUUUUUAAGGUGACAUCAGCGCACUUCCCCUAAAAAGGCAACGGCCAUCUUGGACCUGACGCCGUGCUUGCUUGACGCCACCAGAAGGUCGAAGAUGGGGGAAUGUUUACAUCUGAGCGGAAACACGUCACGAUUCACGUGACGUUGAAAAACCUCUGAACUGCCAUAAAACGGAAAUUUACUUCACAUAAAACCGGAAGUUUGCUUUGAUAAUGUUUUUUUAUUUUUAGCAAGCACAAAAGAAACAUGCUUCGUAUAUUAGCUCUUUUGAAAUAAUAUCACACAAAUUAAUCCCGAUGAAAGCACAUAUAAUUUCAGAUGAAGUCGCUGAAAGUCAAAAUCUGCUGCCAUCUUGAAAUUUGGAUGCUCCUGCAAAUGAAUGGCGGUGGCUUGAACUAGUGCCCAUACUUUUGGGAGAAUAAUGGAUUGGCAGGCAGCGACAGGGAACAAUUGCAGCAUGACAAUAGCUCUGAUCAACUUGAAAAUGACUGCAGGCUACUUUUCUAUUUUUUUCUUUUCUCAAAAGCAUCAGCAAUCUUUGUCUACAGAGGGAAGGCGCUGGACUGUACGCUUUAUUUUCUGAUCUAGCCUGAACUUCACCUUCAAGAUCAUGUGUCUGAGAAAAUUUGUCGCUGUACUCAUUCACAAUAUUACUAUUUCUUUCCAACAACUUUGUUCUGCAAAAAAAACAAAACAACUGCCCAACUCUACAAUUAUCCUCAGCAGGCCUUAUUGUAAUGGAAACUGCGUAACUGUUUGCCUUAACCCUUAAUAGGGCACUUAUUUAACUGACUAUCGCUGCCAGCUCAACCACUUAAGACUGAUUUGAUGCGAAAGAUUAGCAUUUACAGUCAGUCUUCCCAGUUUAAAUGAAUUUGACGCUUAUCGUUUUCAAUGGCAGACAAUUAGUUAAUUUUUUUUUUUUUUUUUAAUUAAAUCUCAUAGUAUUUAACUUUAGUGUGUUCUUUGGGAAUAUAACUGACUGAAUUUGUUUUAUUUAUUUUAAUAUUAUUAUUUUUAAACAUUCAUAGUUUUAUUCAGUCAUUAACAAUAUAUAAAAAUAAUAACAUGAUUAUUUUAAUUGAGGCCCUGUAUCCAGAUAUGUGGACAUCACAUUUUGGGUCAUAUUGGCCACAAUUGUAUACCAAGUGUUCAUAUUGGUGUUUGUCAUUACAGGGUCAUGUUUUUUUCCCCUUAAAAAUAAUUCUGUUAACAUGACAAUAAUGAAUGUCAAGACUGUAUUAAAGAGCUGUAUGUAAUCUUUUGUAAUUGUUUUUCCAAAGUAAUAGUAAUUUCUCUAAUUCUGAAAAGCAAUUAAAAAAACAAUUGAGCAAUGAUCUUUUGUUGUAAAUGCCAAGGUGUGACUGAGCUAAUGAAAUGCCACUUCAUCUAGAUUGCUUAGAAAGCAGAACAAGUAUGUGGAGUGCACUUCAGAGCUACAGUUAGAUUCUCACACAGGGCAAUAAAAUGGUUUCCCACAAGAUGGCAGACUAUACAAUGAAGAUGGACACGAUGAAAAACAAAGGAACCAGCCGUCCCGUUAUUGUCCAUAACCCAUACCUAUGUGGGAUGAAAGAAGACAUCUUGUAUCACUUCAAUCUAGGAACGGCAACACACGACCUCCCUGCUCUGUUUGGUGACGUAAAAUUUGUGUGCGUUGGUGGCAGCGCUUGGCGAAUGAAAGAGUUUGUUGAGUUUAUGGCUGCAGAGCUUGGGAUGCAAAACCCUAGAUCAGACUACCCCAAUAUCUGUGCUGGAACAGACCGCUAUGCCAUGUACAAAGUUGGUCCUGUACUCUCUGUUAGUCAUGGAAUUGGAAUCCCAUCCAUAUCCACAAUGCUGCAUGAGCUCAUAAAGCUUCUCCAUCAUGCACAAUGCACGGAUGUUACAGUUCUACGCAUUGGAACAUCAGGUGGUAUAGGGCUUGAGCCUGGUACGGUUGUCGUCACUAAACAGUCUGUGGACGCCACGUUCAUGCCAAAAUUCGAACAGCUGAUCCUUGGGGAGACAGUGGUCCGCAACACCGACCUGGACUACAGCCUUGCUGAGGAGCUGCUUCUGUGCAGCGAGGAGCUGGGCCAGUUCCACACUGUGAUAGGCAACACCAUGUGCACACUGGAUUUCUAUGAAGGUCAAGGCCGUUUGGAUGGUGCUUUCUGCAUGUACACUGAGAAGGACAAGCAAAAGUACCUGAUAAAAGCCAGGGAAGCUGGAGUGUGCAAUAUUGAAAUGGAAUCAACUGUUUUUGCCGCCAUGUGCAAACUGAGUGGCCUGCGAGCGGCCGUGGUAUGUGCAACGUUAGUGGACCGGCUGAAGGGAGACCAGCUCAUCAGCUCUCACGACGUCCUCCACAGCUACCAGCAGCGGCCUCAGAUUCUUGUGGGAUAUUACAUUAAGAAGCAGCUCAACGCACUGGGAGCACUUCAGAAAUGACCACUUUUAUGCCCACACAAUUAGCACGACUCAACCUCACAAUUUAUAAUGUGAAUUUGUUAUAUCUCAACUUAAAAUGUGAAUGCAGGUUUUACUUAAUAUUAUUGUGCUACACUCAGUUCUUUUGUAUUUAAGAGCAUCACAUUUUCUUAGUACUGUAAUGAACUGCCCUGUCUUGAUUUGACUGUAAUGCGUCAUUUUAAUA